ACAAAAGAUUUGCAAGAAAAAGAAAGGAAAUCUCCGGCGAGAAGUCCAUUCCACGUGGUUGAAAAGACAAACAAAAAAACACUGUUUGGGUCUUUAAAUUUCCGAGUUACCGUCUCUGGCUACGAUCCGAGGUCGAAUUUAACAAUGCUACUUUCGUUGUAGGCGUUGAGACUUGAAAGAGUUUCUCUUUCAGAGAAAAACAGAGAAACGGAGAAAAAUCUCAAGAAUCUUCUUCUUGCCCAGUUAACCCAACACCUUACUUCUUAUUUUUUCUUUUCCUCCCGGUAUUAUACAAGUCAAGGUAAUGUUUUUCUUUAUUCUCAAGGCAAUGUUUUAUACAAUUCAAGGUAAUGGUGGUCUCUGUUUUAUCUGUUUUUCUUGGUUUUGAUGAAAUGGAUGUUAUUAGUUUGUUGUUCUUUGAUUGUGAUUACAUUGUAAUAUGCUUUUUUUUUUUUUAAUUUUCUUAAGUGAGCUUCUGGGGAUUGCUUUACUUGAUGGUUUUGGAAGAUCCAGAGUCCAGUCGGAUUCUUUAUUUUGUUUUGAUUGAAUGAUGUGACUUUUUUUUCUCUUUCGCAUGAGAUUUUUGGAAAUUGUUUUUUUUUUUUUGUUUUGUUUUGUUUUUAAUCUCAUAACUCAUUGAUAAUGAGUGCAUGACUGCAACGGCUACUUUGCUUCUCUGAUUAUGUUUUUGUCAUUCGUCAGACAAUGUGAAGAAGAGAAAAUGAACUGCUUUUGAUUCUAAUAAGGUGGAAGAUUUUUUAAGUUUUUUCUUUUUUUUGAUGGGUUAUCUUCAACAUCUGUUCUGGUUUCCCAGAAGUGGUUACCCAUUUUUAUUUAUGACAUGAAUCCUGCUAUAUAAUCUAUAUAUUUAGCAUAUAAAAAAGGCCAAGCUGAGUUGAGUUUGUUUCACAGAAAUCGGUGCCCCUUGUUGUCAGAUCAGAUGGGUAUUUCUUUUUCCUGCCCAUUUGCUAAAUGCAGUGAUGUGGAGAAUGGCUUAGAAUCUGUCAUUGUGAAAUCCAUUAGUUUUGGAGAUGAUGGAGUCAAAACACCCGUUAGAUCUAUCAGUUUCAAAAGUUUAGAUUCAGAGCCGGCGAUAUUAAAAUCAGUAGGUUCUGGAAAGAUGAUAUUGGAGGGAUCUGUUAGCUUUAAAGGGAUAGAUUUGGAGAGAAUGCCUUCAGUUAAGUCUCCUCCAUCAGAUAAACGGGAGAAUUUGCCCAUUGAAGCUGUCAGUUUAAAGAGCAAAGCAAUCCAUAUUGAAUCUCCAAAACCAGAUUCUUUGUUAGAGUCUCCAAAACAAUCACCGGUUCCGGAUCCCAGCAAUCCACAACACGAGGCGGCAAUAAAAUUGCAAAAAGUGUACAAGAGCUUUCGGACAAGGAGAAAGCUAGCAGAUUGUGCAGUUCUUGUUGAGCAGAGCUGGUGGAAGCUCUUAGAUUUUGCUGAACUGAAGAGGAGUUCUAUAUCAUUCUUUGAUAUAGAUAAACAUGAAACUGCUAUUUCGCGUUGGUCAAGGGCAAGAACUAGGGCUGCCAAGGUUGGAAAAGGUCUAUCAAAGAAUGAUAAAGCUCAAAAACUUGCUUUGCAACACUGGCUUGAGGCAAUUGAUCCAAGGCAUCGUUAUGGACACAAUUUACACUUUUAUUAUAAUCAAUGGCUCCAUUCUCAGAGUCAAGAACCCUUCUUUUAUUGGCUGGAUAUUGGAGAAGGCAGAGAAGUAAAUAUAGAAAAAUGUCCUAGAUCAAAACUUCAACAGCAGUGCAUCAAAUAUCUCGGUCCAAUGGAACGGAAGACCUAUGAAGUUAUUGUGGUAGAUGGAAAGUUUGCAUACAAGCAAACAGGGAAGCUUCUCCAUACUACCGAAGAAACUAGCGAUCUUAAGUGGAUUUUUGUCCUCAGCGCAUCAAAGAUCUUGUAUGUUGGGAUGAAGAAGAAGGGUACAUUUCAACAUUCUAGCUUCUUGGCUGGAGGUGCCACUAUUGCUGCUGGAAGAUUAGUUGUUGCUAGUGGUGUCCUUAAGGCAGUUUGGCCUCACAGUGGUCAUUAUCGUCCUACAGAAGAAAAUUUUAAUGACUUCAUUUCAUUUCUAAGGGAGAACAAUGUCGAUCUUACGGAUGUCAAGAUGACUCCAGUGGAUGACGAAGAAAGCUUGGUUGGCAAACAAAGAAGCAGUAACCAUCUCAGAUGCAACUCAUCUGAAGAGGACUUAGAGGCUGAAGAGAUCUGUGUCAAAAACUUGAUCAAAGAGGUAGUUGAUUCAAGGGAACAAGAAACUGGUGCAGCUGUUGAACGCCUCAAGUCAAGGAGGCUCGUCAACCUUAGUAGAAAAGUGACUAAUCUUGGAAUACCAAAAAGAACGGAAUUGUUUGAGAUGUCAAAUAGUGAUCAUAGAGCUGUUGUGCAAAUUUGCAAUGACAAUUUGAUGGAUUCUCCUUUGGAGGAUUCAGAACAAGAUUCAAUGGUUCCAAAAGAAAAGAUUGAUGAAAAUCAUGUAGAUAAUGAGGUAGAAGACAUUCCUGAAGAAUCAAUUCUUCAAAGGAUUAACUCUAAAGAAGGAAUGAACUCAUAUCAAUUAGGGAAGCAGUUGUCAUGCAAGUGGACUACAGGAGCAGGACCCCGAAUUGGCUGUGUGAGGGAUUUCCCCUCGGAACUCCAAUUCCGUGCUUUGGAGCAAGUGAACUUGUCCCCAAGAAGUGCUAGCUACUUGAAAUCAUACUCUUCUCCUCGGUCCACUAGUAUCCUAAGUCCAAAAGUUUCCACAACAGCAGGUGCUAGCAAAGAAAUGAGAACCCGAAGUUUACCUGUGCUCAAGAAGGAAAAUUUGUUGCAGAAAAGCAUCCAUUCCAGAUUGCAUCCUCCCCGUUAUUAAGAGGAGCAGUUGUUGGUAACAUACCAUAGUCUAGAGUACAUUCCCAGUCAGUUCACUCUUUAGUGUGAAUAGAAAAGAUGAUAUAAGAAUUCUUCUUCAUUCUUCUCAGAAGUAGUGAUGUACACAAUUAUUUUGAUUUUUUCAUCUUGUAUCGUAAGAUGACGGGACAAUUUUAGGAAUUUUGGGUUUAAUGCCCUUUGAACACAAAAGGAAAAUAACUUAUUUUUUGGCAAGUAGCUUUGCAAUUGUAAGUUUCAAUGGAAUUUUAGCAAGUUUUCUACUUUAAAUUUCACAAGAUUUGU